UUUUUGUAGUUACCCCUCUGUUUAAAUAAAAACCCUUACCUGCAUUUGGAUCUACCCUCUCUUUGUGUUUUCCCAAACCCAACCGUGACAGAAGGACUCCAUCAUGCCUAGAUCCAGCGGUGUGAGAUUUCGAAUCGGUUCCCCAGCCACCAUGGAGGAACGGAGGGGGAGAUUCCGGAACUUAACCACCCUUCAUCAAGAGGGAAGGGAGGUGGGUGGCCUGGCGCAAUUGUUUUGGACUUUGGCAGUCGGGUUAGGUUACAAUGAUGCAGCACUAAAGGAUUGGUUUAAUAAUUGCCUGGAUGAUCCUUUACCUCAAUGGGAGAUGAAGGGGUUAGAGAUCCUGGACUUUUGGGGGUUUACCAAUUACCUGCACCAUCGUGCUCAGUGGAAUGCAACAACCACACCAGAGUUUCCAGACAAGGCGGCCAGCUCAGCCCCACAACCCAAGAUGGCCACCAGCCCAGCCCCACAGCCCAAGAUGGCCGCCAGCCUAGCGCCACAGCUCAAGAUGGCCGCCAGCCCAGCACCACAGCACAAGAUGGCCGACUCAACGCCACCGACUCUCCAUCGUAGAGGGCGGAGGAGGAGACAGGCAGCUACUGUUCCUCAGGACCCGGAGAACGUUCCCGAGCGGGCGGCUGCCGUCCAUGAGGCCAUUCCCGAUGCGGUGCCCGCUGCUGUUCCGGAGGCGGUGGCCGAGGCUGUUCCCGAUGCGGUGCCCGCUGCUGUUCCGGAGGCCGAGGCGGUGACCGAAGCCGUUCCCGAUGCGAUUCCCGUUGCUGUUCCGGAGGCCGGGGCGGUGGCCGAGGUCGUUCCCGAUGCGGUGCCCGCUGCUGCUCCGGAGGCCGAGGCUGUUCCCGAGGCGGUGCCUGAUGCAGUUCCCGAGGCGGUGCCCGAUGCAGUUCCCGAGGCGGUGCCCGAUGCUGUUCCCGAGGCGGUGCCCGAUGCUGUUCCCGAGGCGGUGCCCGAUGCAGUUCCCGAGGCGGUGCCCGAUGCAGUUCCCGAGGCGGUGCCCGAUGCAGUUCCCGAGGCGGUGCCCGAUGCAGUUCCCGAGGCGGUGCCCGAUGCAGUUCCCGAGGCGGUGCCCGAUGCUGUUCCCGAGGCGGUGCCCGAUGCUGUUCCCGAGGCGGUGCCCGAUGCUGUUCCCGAGGCGGUGCCCGAUGCAGUUCCCGAGGCGGUGCCCGAUGCAGUUCCCGAUGCGGUGACCACAAGGCCGUGGUGGUCUUCUACUCCGCCCUGGGGGACUCUGGCGGUGACCACGAGGACGUGGUGGUCGUCCGCUCCACCCUGGGGGACUCGGGCGGUGACCACGAGGACGUGGUGGUCGUCCGCUCCGCUCUGGGGGACUCCGGCGGUGACCAUGAGGACGUGGUGGUCUUCUGCUCCGCCCUGGUGGACUCCGGCCUCAACCACAAAGACGUGGUGGUCUUCCGCUCCGCCCUGGAGGGCUUUGACUUUGACCACAAGGCCGUGGUGGUCUUCCGCUCCGCCCUGGUGGACUCCGGCCUCGACCACAAAGAUGUGGUGGUCAUCUGCUCCGUCCUGGUGGACGCCUCAACAUGCCCUUCAUGGACUUAUGUUUUGUGUUUUUUGAGUUCUGUUUCUGUCUGUUCCUUUUAGUUUGGUCUGGCCCUCCUUCCCUCCCCCUGAGCCUCCACCUGUCCGCCUCCCUCCUGGACUCCUUGUUUUGUGUUGCACCUUUCCAUUCCUCCUGGUUGCUCCUGUCCCUGUUUUCUGUCCCUCCGUCCCUCCCCCUGGUCCGCCGCCGUUCCACCUCCCUCCUGCCUCUUUUUCUGUUGGGGUUUUCCUGGGUUUAGGUGGAGCAUCUGGUAGCUGCUCCGUAGGGAGGGGGUAAUGUCACGCUGCCAGUCUUUGUUUUCCUGGGUGUUCCCUAGUGAGCUCACUUCCCCUUAGGCACUUCACCAUAGGCACUUUAAUUCCGCUAGUCUGGUUGUGUCUUCACAGUAAUUGCACUCCAAUUAGAAUCGCACAGGUGUUGACAAUACUCUGUCAUUAGUUUCCCUAUAUAGAGCUGUCUUUCUCUGUUGUCAUCAUGGAGUCCUUACCCUAUGUGUCUCAUGCUCUCGUUCCCCCGAGACUUCCUCUACCUUCUCAUUCUUCCGAGUUCCCCGUUUCAUCCGGUUCCCUCUUUUGGUUACGUUUGUCUCUCAUGAUUGUUUAUUUUUGUAGUUACCCCUCUGUUUAAAUAAAAACCCUUACCUGCAUUUGGAUCUACCCUCUCUUUGUGUUUUCCCAAACCCAACCGUGAC